AUGUCAACCGAAGUUACGAAUCCCUCACCUCAGGUCGCUGGCGAACCUUCUGCUCAAUCGUCGGAUUCACCAAAUCAACAAUCUCAAUCUCAACAAGCAAUCCCACAGGCUUAUCCGUAUCAACAACAAGCACAACAAGCUUCUUCUGCUGCUGCUGCCGGUGCUGCCACCUCAAAUACUGCUUCACAGCAACAACUUCAACAACAACAACAACAACAACGUAGUUCUCAGGCAACACCUUAUAACAGCGCUUACUACCGCAACUAUCCUUCAACUAAUGGCGGGUACUAUCCAGAACAAUAUCAACAAUAUUACCAGCAACUGCAACAGCCUGGCCAAACUGUAGGCCAGUCGCAAUACUCUGGGUAUUAUCAAUCAAACGCCCUCCAGCUGGGCGCAAACCAAUACUACAAGAGCACAACUACUGGUACCACCGGGGUCGCUUAUGAUUAUUCGCGUUAUAGUUAUGUCCAAGGUUACCCAAUUUACCCAACUGCCAAUACCGCCGGGUCUUCCUUGAAUGCCAUCAGCACCACAACUCCUGCUCCAAUCGCCAUUACCCAAACAAACGCCAGUACAGUUGGUCAGAUUCAGCCAGCGGGAACAAGACCAAGAGUGACCACCACAAUGUGGGAAGAUGAAAAAACCGUUUGCUACCAAGUCGAAGCGAAUGGUGUCUCGGUAGUCAGAAGAGCCGAUAAUAAUAUGAUUAAUGGUACCAAGUUGUUAAAUGUCGCGCAUAUGACUAGAGGUAGAAGAGAUGGGAUCUUAAAAUCUGAAAAAAUCCGUCAUGUUGUCAAGAUUGGCUCGAUGCAUUUGAAAGGUGUCUGGAUUCCUUUUGAUAGAGCUUUGGCCAUGGCUCAAAAAGAAAAAAUUGUUGACGUUUUGUAUCCUUUGUUUGUCAGAGACAUCAAAAGAGUAAUUCAACAAGGUUCAGUGCAAAACAAUGGCGAUGCUGCUGCUGCAGCCACUACGUCUGCUAUCACAACUUCUGUUGCUGCCGCUGGUACUACCCCCACUUCUAUUCCUGCUGUUGCCACCAGAACCACCGACCAAUGGAGCUCCAAUUACAGAGAACAGGAUCCUUUGAGCGCAGCAAAUAGCAAUACUGCACCAACAACAGUACCUACUACUAACACUGCUAGUACUACUGCUGCUGCUACUGCUACCCCUACCGCCACUGCCAGUACUGCUCCUCAGUAUUCGACUCCUACCGCAGCUGCUGCCCAGCCAAACGGUGCCACUGCAGAUACCCAAGCCACCACCGGCACAACUCAACCUGCUACUCAACAAGGUUACUACCAAUAUCCAUACGCCAAUAACUAUUAUCAAUACAGUGGGUACUACCAACAAGCAGCCCCUGGUCAACAGGCUACAAGAACUCAAGGCCAAUAUUAUUAUGGUCAACCUGGCACUACACAAGCUACCACCACUGCUUCAACCAAUGGUACUGCUACUCUACAGGAUGGUCAAUACAGUACCACUUCAGUUGACUCUGGCUCAAAAGCAGAAGAAAAACAAGCAAACUGA